UCUGAGAUAUGUGUUAAGCACUGCAAGGCGAAUUGUUGUUGCUAGGCUCGCCGGAGGCCAGAAACAAAACAAACCCCUGCAAGUGUUUCAUGUAUAAUCGUUCGCAAUCGCCGCAAACAAACAAACAAACACACUCAUUAUGCACGAUAGCAGUCAACAACAAAGUGGGGACAGACGGCGGCGGAUAGAUAUGCACCUAUUGCAUCUUGCAACGGCGAACCAGUCGACACAAACUGCAAACGAUUGGUGCGUGUGGACGGCGUUAGAUGUUUUCCAAGCUCUCAGCGUCUUCUUUGUGCGUGUGCAAUAAUAGUGCAGUGUUGACGACGACGACGAGGAUGAUUGAUACCCAAAUCAACCGUGAAACAGCGAUAACCGGCUGUGUCGUGCGCGAGAAACAAGACAAAAUGGCGCCGAGCACUGCGAACAAUGCCCGAGAAGAAGUAGCGCGCGUGAACAUACUCAACAUGGCCACACGGCAAGAUAUCAAUUGUAAUACUCCAGCGGAGAAGCAGCAACAACAAUUGAACAGAGUGAUGAGCGCACCAAAUGGCAAUUGCAACUCAAAACGCUCACCUAAAAGUCUAGACAUUCGCAAAGAGGAAGUUAUGGCGAUUCGGAAUCGCUUCCCAACUAAAGUACCCAUAAUCGUCCAGCGUUUUUGCAAGGAGACUGCACUGCCACAACUGGACAAAUCAAAAUAUCUAGUCCCACAAGAGAUAACAAUGUCUCAGUUCCUCACGAUCAUCCGGAAUAGAAUGCGGAUUAGUUCCAAUCAGACACUGUAUUUGUUAGUAAAUAAUCGCUCCAUGAUCAGCUUAUCGCUCACGCUCGCAGAGGUUUAUAAUGAAUAUGCUGGCACGGAUGGUUUUCUCUAUGUUACCUACGCUUCGCAGGAGGUUUUCGGCGCGGGGAGCAGAGAUGAGAAGCAGGAGAUACCAUAGUCCCACCCACAAUUUUCUACUCUAGUUCUUGCGGCUAAUCUAAUUUAUUGUUUUCUACACAAGUUAAGCAAAUGUGAUUUUAUGAGUUUAUGACUGAAACUAAAAAUGAAUUGGCCCGUGGAA